GUCCACUAGCGGGAGCCCAGGCGCUCCUGUCCCCGCGCACAGUCGGGGCUAGAAUUGCAGGAGUAGGAGGGGAGCGAGCCAGCGGGGUCCCGAGCUGCGGAGCGCGCUGCCCCUCGCCGCGCCGCCCCUCGCCACGCCGCCGAUGCCUCCGGAGCCGCGACCCAAGCGCCGCCCAUGCAGCAUCCCUGAGCUCUGCCGAGCGGGAGUUGAUGAAAAAUCACUUAACCGUCUCCACUGCGGGGAGCCAUGAGCUGUCUGGAUGUUAUGUACCAAGUAUACGGUCCUCCGCAGCCUUACUUCGCAGCCGCCUACACCCCUUACCACCAGCAGAAACUAGCCUAUUACUCCAAAAUGCAGGAAGCCCAGGAGUGCAACGCCAGCCCCAGCAGCAGUGGCAGUGCCAGCUCCUCUUUUUCCAGCCAAACCCCAGCCAGUAUAAAAGAGGAAGAAGGCAGCCCAGAGAAAGAGCGCCCACCAGAGGCAGAGUACAUCAACUCCCGCUGCGUCCUCUUCACUUAUUUCCAGGGGGACAUCAGCUCUGUGGUGGAUGAACAUUUUAGCAGGGCCCUGAGCCAGCCUAGCAGCUACUCCCCAAGCUGUACCAGCAGCAAAACACCAAGAAGCUCUGGGCCCUGGCGAGACGGUUCCUUCCCGAUGAGCCAGCGCAGCUUCCCAGCCUCCUUCUGGAACAGCGCGUACCAGGCGCCGGUGCCCGCGCCACUGGGCAGUUCUCUGGCCGCUGCGCACUCCGAGCUGCCCUUCGCCGCCGCCGACCCCUACUCGCCCGCGGCGCUGCACAGCCACCUGCACCAGGGUGCAGCCGAGCCCUGGCACCACGCGCACCCGCACCACGCGCAUCCGCACCACUCCUACGCGCUGGGCGGCGCCCUCGGCGCCCAGGCCGCCGCCUACCCGCGGCCAGCCGCCGUGCAUGAGGUCUACGCGCCACACUUUGAUCCGCGCUACGGGCCGCUGCUGAUGCCCGCCGCCUCGGGGCGCCCAGCCCGCCUCGCCCCAGCCCCGGCGCCCGCGCCCGGCAGCCCACCCUGCGAGCUCACAGCCAAGGGCGAGUCGACCGGCGCCGCAUGGGCCGCGCCCGGGGGCCCCUUCGCAAGCCCCGCCGGGGACGUGGCCCAGGGUCUGAGCCUCAGCGUGGACUCAGGUUUGCAGCCUCAGGACAAAAGCAAGGAUGUGUACUGGUUUUAGACAGCCCAGCUUCUUCCCUGUAGGUCACUGCAUAGUGCGAUUGGUGACGCUCAGAGCUGAAAUGGAGUGGGUUUGUAACGGCUUCUGAUCUUGGUUUACAGCUCGUCGCUAUUCCCUCUGUGGUGCACCCCUUCUGAGCUGAUCUGCUGACCCAGGGUUUCCCCUUCCCUUUCCCUUCUCACCAGCCAUGGAGGUGCAACAUCUGUGCCUCUCACUUCGUGGAUGAGGACACAGGGGAAGGCAGAGACUUCACAUUUCUCCGUGUGGUGGGAAAACCAAAAAUCACAUCUUCAGAAAUUUCAUCUCAAAUUAACUCCUCUUACCAAAAGAGCAGAUCCAAAGAGAGAAUUGUGUCUAAGGACUUUUGGCCAAAUCACUGGAAGGAACUAUUUAUGGUGAGAUGACUUGGUCAGGUCGUAUGACAUCAUACGCUUUCUUGGACAGGGGGAAAGCAAAAAAGACUUUUCGGUGUGAAUAUUUUUUAUGCUGAUGUGAAUUUUUUCAUUAGGUAGUGUGACCAUAGCACUACUGAUGUCAUUAUCCUCAGAUUUUAAAAAUUUGUAUAUGCAUCAAAAAUUGUAGUAGAGAAGUAAAAAGAAUCCAGUUCCUUCUUCCUCACUGCUCAGCCUUCAGCUCCCUUCCUGCCCCACCCGACACCCACUCCAGACACAAAGACACACUUUUUCCUUUGGACUAUGAACAUGGAAGCCUCCAUCUGAAUGUCAGUGGCAAGUGACUUAUCUGCAGCCACCUGCCCAAGUCUUAUUGAAAUGCAGCUGUUGCAGGACAACUGUUUAAAACUCCAGAAAUACACCGACCAAGGUGGCACUUCCCAGUAUUUGGCAGAACAAUUGGAACUGCGCUGGAUACAUUUUACAUACAUGUGUGUGUUUGUGUGUGUGUACAUAGAUAUCAUCUUUUUUUACAAGGAACAUUUCACAAGGAAAGACGAAACCCUUCUCUUCCUUCUCUUGCACAAGUUCUGUCCCUCCUUCUAUCCUCUGGAUGAAAAAAGACAACAAGAAAUCCUAACUGUCUCCAUGGAGAAUAACUAAGAAUCACUACGAGGGGAAGAAAUGUUCAUGGAGUCUGCAGUACCCCGAAUAUCUUUGUCCAUCUCCAUGGCUGUGAUUUGGUCACUUUAGUAUUGGGACAGGGGAAGGGGUCUAAGCAUGGGCAAAGCUGAAGGUGAUGAGGAAGAAAUGAACAUUAAGAAUAUUAAAGAUACCUGUUUACUAUGAGUUCACAGUGUUGUUUCAUAAAAGUAAACAAAUGUCUGUUUUUCUCUAGUGGAAUAAAGGAGAGUAGAGAUAUAUACAUAUGUGUGUAUAUAUACAUAUGUAUAUGUAUGUAUGGUAUGUAUAUAUUUGUUUGCCCAGAAUGUUUGCUAUGCUGUGGAGUCAGCUAACCCCUUUCUUACCGUUAUCAACUCGAGGCAUGAGAAGUUAAGUAUCUCCCUCUGUUUUACAGAUGACAAAAUCAUGGCCCAUGGAAGCCAAAGGCAUUCAGCAAGUUAGAAGCAGAGGUGGUACACAAAGCACUACCUGUAGAUCCUUGGGUCAGAUACAGAUCCAUUAAUUUCCAAAUGGGAAUCACUGUUAACAUCUUAAAUUUUAGGUUCUAAAGGCAGCCGAGUCAUCAGUUAAAACUGUUUCUGGAAUAUUAGUUAUUUUAUAUUUUUAAAAAUAGUCUAAGAAACCAAACUUCUAACUAGACAGGAAGAAGGAGGAAGAGGAGGAGGAAGAGGAGAGAGCAAGGGAUAAAGAAAUUGACGGCUUUUCUAUUUGUUUUCUGUUGAUACCAAAGUUAUUUGUGUUCUUUCAUUAAUACACCCUGGAGAGACAUUUUGUGUCAUGCUCAAUUUACCUUGGUACAUUGUUGAAGUAUCAAAAUGUUAGCCUAAUCUUGACCUUCAUUAUAAUAUGAGAAGCAAAUAUAAUUCGUCUUGGAUAAUAAUAUUGAGAGUAGGAAGCAGUUAAAGGAACCUACUCAGAACAUGAGCUUGUCAGAGUCACCUGUCUCCCUUUCCAUCAUUUGGGAGCAUGUGAAGUAAAUAUCACCACAAAAAUGAUAUUUUAGUUCUUGUUCAGAUAUAUUAUGACUAUGAUUUUGCUGCCUGAGAUGUGGUAGCAAUAAUAAUAGCUAAUGUUAAUUGUUUAUCAUGCACCAGGCACUACUCUGAAAGUGUUACAUAAAAGUUAAUUCAUUUCAGCCUCAAAAACAUUUCUAUGUGGGACUCAUUAUGAUGAUCAUCUUACCCAGGAGAAAACUGAGGCACACAGAGGAGAAAUCACUGCCCAGUCAUAAACCUUAUAAAUGGCAGAGCCGAGAUGCAAACCCAGGCAGCUCAGACACAGGAGCUGCCCUACUACCCACCUCAAUAACUGCAUUUCCGGUUCUGAUUUGUUUCUUUGCUUCCAAAUUUAGGCUUAUUUUUUCCUCCACAACAGAUGAAUACAAAGGGAAAAAGAAACAGCAAAGUGAACACUGACGUUUUAUGGGACUCAGAGAACCCCAAAUCGCAAAGGAAUGUCAUAGAAAGUUGUCCAAACUCCAUCAAAUGCCACUGCCUUUAGACCAGCCCGAUGCAUAUCUCCAUUUGUCUCCAGAAGGGAAUUAAUGUUACUUCUGCUAUUAAUUCAUUUCACCAUUUAACAGCCUUCACUGCUCUGAAGUUCUUCACACCCAAACCUAAUCAAGCCCAGUGAGAGCUGCCCUGAAGUUUGGACAUGGAAGCAAUGACUAAAAUUAACUUUGGACUUCUCUGUGGAUUUUUUUAAUCCAUGUUCCACUGGCAUGGAUCACUGGUGUCUACAAGCAUAAAUAUAAUGCAUUAAAUCCCAGUACAGUUUUCAGAAUUUACUGCCAAACAUGCUGUGUGAGCUAAAAGCAUAACAGUGUAUUCUCUGCUAGACAUCUUUGGAGUAUUUCCUAGUGGAAGAGAUCUUUACCUGUGCUCCACCUAUGUUAGCACUCACGAGAUCUGUGGUCAGAACUCACAGGGAGCAUUUUCCCAGCCACGAGGUUCUAAUUACUGAAAUCUCUCUCCUAAGCCACAUCUGACCUGAAUAUCAGGUUGCUGGUGAGGAGACUCAUUCACUGGAACUGGCCUUAUGCAGUCCUGAACAGACCGUCCAGUCUGCUGAAACAGUCCAAGCUCCUGCCACCUGGCACGUAUGACCUACAAAAUCACAGCAUUUCUCUCCAUUUUAUACCUACCUAAGGCAGAAGUGCAAGAUGAUUUACAAGCUACAAUGAUUUGAUUCUGUGUAAUAAGAAUGUCAAAGAGAACUUUAGUGAACCAAUAGCCCUGGUAUGCUUGAGGACCCCAGUCUUAACAGAAACUUCCAAGCCUGUCUUGCUAAUAUUGGUGAGACCACGUAGAGCCAAACAAAGUACUACUAAGAAUUGAGAAAAGGGUGUUCAAGGAAAUGAGAGACAGCAUGAGAAAAGGGACCAUGACAUACACAUGCAUGACCUGAUUGAGGGUCUGAAAAAUUAGAUUCCCCUGUAAUCAUACCCAUUGGCAACUUGUGUCCUCUUCACCCACAGCUUUCCCUUUGCACUUGGCCUAAGCGGAGGAAGAGGUGAUGAAAAGGGGAGAGACGGCUCUCCACCAGCAAGUAAUCCUUUUGCCCGUUGCCCUCUGGCUGAGAACUCAGUCACCCAGCUACAGGGAAUUCUAUCUGUUCUACUGCUUGAGUUUAAAGGGAGUUGCCAUCCCUUCUUGUUUCCCCUUUGAAGUUCUAUUUCAAUGCAUGGCAAUGCGUAGCAAUGACUUAACAUUGAUUUGGGCCUGAAUGGGAGGCAGGGUAGAAAUGGUGGGUGUUAGAAUGCAGAUUCCCUGACUGAAAGCUUCUCUGACCACUCUUUGGGUAAGUACUGUAUUUUCCGUGCCCCCUUGCAGCUGGGGGAAAUUACUCCUAAGGUAACUUUAAUUUCCAUUGUGUUUUGAAUUACAAAACCUGCAUAUUUGUGAGGCACCCAGAUAUAGCCUAUCAAAACAAAAAAAAAGUUCUUAUUUUACACACUUAGUGAUCGGUUACUUUAUUUAAAAAAUAAAACUUAGAAAAUGGCUUUCCAUAUAAAUGCCAUUUUCAGAAAUUUCAUUUUUAAUGUAAUUAUUAGAAGAUGUCAAAGCAUGGAAGAAUUUUUUAAAUCAAAAGACCUCAAAGAUAUACAAUAUUAAAAAAAAUGAGCCCUCUAUAGAAUUUAAUAGUUUGUUGACUGUUUGCAUGCAAAUAAUUCAUAGCUUGAUUGUACUUGUCAAAGUCUUUGUAUAUUCUAGUCUUCCUUGGUAAAAUUUUAGGAUUUAGUAUAUAUAUUCCUAAAGUCUGGAGUAAAGGAAUAAAUGUCCUAAAGACAGUAUCAUUACA